UAUAUUAAGUCUCUAAUAAAGGUCGAGCUAUCAAAAUGUAUGGAUUAUCUCCUUCAGCGCUUGAUGUUAAUAAUCAACGCUUUCGAGUUCGUGAUAUUGAUAACGAGCAAAUCAUGUCGACUUUUGGAAACAUCGGGCAUUCAUUAAGUACUGCAGUGGAAAGGUUUAUUACUAUUGGAGAAAUAAUAGCCGAGGAAAAUUCUGACAUCAAAGCCGAUAUGUAUGAAGCUGCUAAGGAAGCGAGAGACGCAGGAAAAUCUAUUGAACAUUUAUGCGACCUUUCGCCGUUAAGUGGAAUGGAACUGCGGCACCACAUCGAGCCAUUAAAGGAUUAUGGAGCAAUAGUAUUGGCAGCAAGAUCCCUUCUUUCAUCUAUAACAAGAAUUCUGUUGCUUGUGGACAUUAUUGUGGUUAAGAAACUGUUAACUGCAAAGAAACGUGCAUCGGAAAGCUUGGAAAAGCUUGAGUCUGUGAUGAAUUUCACAGAAUUUGUUCGUGCGUUUUCCAUAUUUGGAACGGAAAUGAUUGAGUUGGCUUAUCUGACGGGACACCAUCGAAACUCGUUCAAGGAGGAGCGUCGACGAGCACAAAUGUUUUCCGCUCGCCAAAUUCUGGAAAAGUCCAUAUCAAUUCUCUUGACAUCAUCGAAAAGUAGUUUGAUACACAGCGAUUGCGUUAUAGUUAAGGAGAAUCGGGAUACAGUAUUUUGCCAAAUCAGACGUGCUAUGGAUCUAAUUCACUUUGUAAUUAAGGACAGUAUUUUCGAUUCUGCCAAACAUAUGGCUUUUCGUAAUGCACGAUGCAAUUCAAAUUAUGAGAAUGAGAGUAUAUACACGACAAUAAAGCGUAUAAUCAACCUUAUCAAGAGAUACAAGCUGCAAACAAGCCAAUACGAUUGUAAUAGCAAUAAUGAGGGCAACAACGAUCCUGAUGCCUUCUACUCCUUGUUUAAUGACGAACAUUGGAAAAGUGAUAUUUACCACAAAGAUAAGAAUUUAGCUCCAGUUGCCAGUGGCCACAUGAUUAAGAAUAUGAAUUUAAAAAAGAAUUUCACCUAUGAAAGCUUGGAUCUAAGGGAUGAACUAUCAAUGGCGUUCGACAAGCUGUUUGAGAAAGCACACGACUUUACAGAUUCCCCCUAUAUAAGUCACGAUCAUCGCAAAAAUAUUCUCACCUAUUGUGACAAUUGCAAACUCGAGUUUGACAUGUAUCUGAACCAUCUAAUCAAGGAUCAGCAUGACAAUAUGGGCGCAAGAGUGCAAGUCCAAGGCAGGGAGCCUGAAAUGAGUAUGCUGGCCAGCUUGGAGGAGCUGUGCAAGCAAUUGGUCAUAUCGGUGUCCAGUCAAAUAGCUGACUUUAAUGAAUCUCUUAAGCUUUGUACUAAGAUUGUGAAAUCCUUUCAUGUCCUGGCAGUGACCCAUGAUCUAGAGAAUCUCAAUCAGUGCUCUACCAAGUUCCACGACUGCUGUGAUCACAUUUUUGAUAUUUGCAAAUUGUUGCAGCAUAUUGCACCCACGGAAAGACUUCAGGUUCAUGCCAAGUGUCUGGCAAUCAAUCUUAGAAUCUACGGUCCGCAAGUAUUCAUUGCGGCCAAGAUAUUAUGGAAAUAUACUAACAGCAGCGCAGCUAAUGAGAACUUUGAAUCGUUUCUAGACAUGUGGAAGUGGUUAAUAAGUGAAAUCUCAAUGAUUGCCAAGAAGAUACUCGUAACGGUAGACACAUCCAAAACGGAUCUAGAUACUCAACUAGAGAAAUGCGAAACUACAAUAAAAUCUGCAAAACCAUAUGUACCUGCCACAGAUGAUGGUGAAAUGGUGGAAUACUCAGGUAUAGAUAGUAAAAAUAAUGGAGAUCCAGGUGCGUUUCAAUCGAAAUGGGCGGAGGACGGAUCCGAUGAUAACGACAUUUUAAAAAGAGCCAAGAAUAUGUCUGCGAUGGCUUUUCUCAUGUAUCAAUUUACAAAGGGAAGCGGUUCUCUAAGAACUACCCAAGAUUUGUUUACUCAGGCCGAAUAUUUUGCUGAAGAAGCCAAUCGACUCUAUAAAGUGCUUCGCCAUUUUUCAUACCAGGUGCCGGCAAGUGAUAACAAGAAGGAUCUUUUAGGUAUUUUAGAUAGAGUGCCGACUUUUGUCCAAGCUCUUCAAUUUACAGUUAAAGAUCAUACAGUCGGAAAGGCGGCAACGUUUGUUAAGGUUGAUCAUGUCAUAAGGGAAACUAAAAAUCUAAUGAAUGUUAUUAACAAAGUAGUAUCGAAAUGUUUUGAGUGCGCAAACAAGUACAAAUUAAAUUUAACUGGGAUAACUGGAGGACUUACUUCCGGUUCCGUGCGGGGAGAUGACAAUGUUGCUGGUGGCAUGGGUGACUCCAAAGGAACGACGAGCAGCAGCGAGGGAAGUAUGUGACAUUAUGGAAUGGCUCGAAGAGCCAAAGGGGAUGCAAGACGGACUCGAGUAUCAUUUUUAUUAUUCUGAGCUUAUCAGAUUAGUUCAUCGUUGUUUUUAUAUUUUGAAUACUCACUCUAUGUUAAACCAUUAACAUGUAUUACUAAUUCUGCCUGUUGUGUCAAAAAAUCAAAGUUUUGAAAGGAAAGUAUAAAUUUGUGACAUACAUUCACAUAAUCUGGUCAAUCAUCUUUUAUUAAUAAUAUUUACUAUUUCUUAAGCUAUGUGUCUUUAGGUCAUCGAUUAUAAUAAAUGGUCGUUUGUGCUAUUAUUGUUCUAGUAAAAAGUGUAGACAAUGGUAUUUCUUGCCAGCAGUCAAAAAAUUAACAAUCAAUAAAUGAAAUAACUAAAUAAAAUGCAUAUCGUAUCAACUAA